UUCACACUUUUCCCCACCAACGAAAGUAAAACCCCUCCCUCUUUCCUCACAGGACUCUCCAAGAACUAAUUUCUUUGUUCCAGAAUCCAAAUUCUUCGCAAUCUCCAUUGAUGAAUUUGUAUUCACCACAACGAGCUCCUUAUCCUUAUUCCUCUCUCUAUAUACUCUCACCAAUAGUAAAUCUAUUUUGCCAAAGAAAUUCGAGUUUGGAAUUGUUGUGAUGGCGGAAGCAGUGGUGUCGACUGCUCUGGAAACCUUGCGCGAUUUGUUGCUGGAAGAAGUAAAGUUUUUGUAUGGUGUGGGCGAUGAAGUGAAGGAGCUCGAGAUCCAGCUCAAAGAGAUGAAGUGUCUUCUCAAAGAUGCCGACAGAAGACGACAUGAAAGCGAAAUCAUUUUGAAUUGGAUCUGGGAGAUCAAAGAUCUUGUGUAUAGAGCCGAAGCUGCCAUUGAAAGACACGCAGCAUAUCAAGUGUCUUCGAGGAGAAGACGAGGACGAGGCCUCACACAGCUCAUCCGCAGAUGCAGUUGUAGUUUGGAAGAAUGCUACUCGAUCCACCAACUAGGCUCGGAGAUUUCACCAAUCAAAUCCCGUCUUGAAAGGAUAAACAAGGAAAUGUUAGAAAGUGGCAUAAAGAAGAACAUCAUCAACAAUCAAGAUGAAGGGGCCAACAACAGGGCAAGGAAGAGCUUCCCCGAAUUCGAGAUCGGAGAUUGUUUUGUGGGGAUGGAGAAUGAGCUGAAGCAGAUUGGUAAUCUCCUAAGGCAAGAGAAUGAGGAUCGAGUAAUUUCAGUGUGGGGAAUGGGGGGAUCAGGCAAGACCACCAUUGCCAAAAAGCUCUACGACGAGACCAAGGCCAGCUUUGAUCUUUCCGCAUGGGUUUGCAUUAGUCAGCAAUGUCAGAAUUUUCGAUCAGUUUGGGAGGAUGUUCUGAAGCAGCUACUGCCACAAACGAGGAAAGGUGUGAGCGAUGAUGGGCCACAAAUAAGAGAGGACGUUGUUCCAAAUCUGAGCGAGUGGGAGUUGAAGGAGCGAUUAUGCAAGAUACAAAGAGAGAAGCGUUGCCUCAUUGUUGUGGACGAUCUUUGGAAAGUUGCUGAUUGGAAUGAGUUGAAGCAUCCCUUCCUUGUCCAGAAUUUGCAAAGCAAAAUCUUGAUCACCACACGCGAAGAGGAAGUCGCAGAGAUUGGAUGCCCAGUAAAAGUUGGGCUUCUAAAAGAGGAAGAUGCUUUGGAACUACUCAAGAUGAAAGCCUUUCCAGAUGCCAACAUUCCAGAAUUUGCAUUGGAAGAAGAUUUUGAGAAAAUUGGGAAAGAAAUGGUGCGGAAAUGUGGGUAUUUGCCGUUAACAAUUUCUUUACUAGGAGGGAUCUUGAGAAAGAAAAAUUCAAUGAAGGAGUGGGAGUUAGUAAAUAAGGAUAUCAAAAAACACAUAUAUAGAGAUGAAAGUGAGAUUGAUGGAGUGCUGAAUUUAAGCUAUGAAAGUCUACCAUAUUAUUUGAAGCCUUGCUUUCUAUAUAUGGGUAUAUUUCAAGAGGACGAAGAUAUACAUGUUUGGAAUUUAUAUAGGAUGUGGAUAGCACAAGGCAUGAUUUCAUAUCAGAAUAUUGGAGAUAAGGACAAAACUUUAAUGGAAAUUGCCGAGCUCUACUUGGGUGAGUUGGCCUCCAGGUCCAUCGUCCAAGUUGAAAUUAAUUACGACGAUGGUGUCACACCUACCAGAAAAUAUAGGAUCUGCAAACUUCAUGAUGUAGUAAGAGAACUAUGUUUGAAACUGGGGAGAAGUGAGGAUUUUGGUGUGCAGAGUUUGGAGUAUCAAAUUGGGAAGCUACAGCAAGAUUCCUCGCACAGGAAAAUACGGCAUUUGGCUAUACAUUUCAGGAAAGAAGUUCAAGUGGAACCUGACGAGCUUACAGUUACUUGGGGAGAAGAUACUGGCGAACAUUUAAGGUCUCUUCAAAUGUUCAAUCACAUAAAGUCGGAUGUUGUUGUUGAGUUUCCCCCGCAAGGUAUCAUUAAUUUUCAGAAAUUCAAAUUGUUGAGAAAUCUAGGUAUGGUGGGAUUCAAAUUUGAAGGAAGAAAGUUAUCGAAAGGAAUCACUAGUCUUGUUCACCUUAGACGUUUGUGUUUAGAAGAAUGUGAAUUUGAUAAGCUACCAUUGUCCAUAAGGAAUCUGGUAUACAUGGAUACCCUUGAUUUAAGUGGUUCAUGGGAUGUUGGAGUUCCAAAUAUUUUUAAGGAGAUGCUACGUUUAAAACACUUGUUUCUUCCCGAUUAUCAUGUGGGAAAUAUUAGAAGUUAUCAAUUGACAUUGGACGAGGGAGUGGUUGAGUUGGAGACCCUAUUGGAGGUGGAUAGUAGAGUGCAUAAAUUAAAAUGUAUGAACAGAAUGAAGAAUCUACAGAGUUUCUCAACCAAAAUACAUGACAAUGAAAGCUUGUCAGCCAUGAUCGAUGCCAUUGCUAUCAUGGACAAGUUAAUAUAUUGUAGGGUUGAAAUCAAACGGGGUUGCGAGUUAGGAACAAAUGAGGAAGUGUUGAACAAGACAUUCACAUGUCCAAAUCUUCAUGAAUUGGGGAUUGAAGUUAAAUUAGGGAAUGUGCUAUCUGAGUGUCGGAGUGACUUCAUCAGCUCAAAACUUACGAGUUUGGAUCUGUCCAAAUGUGAGAUUGAGGAUGAUCCAAUGGGGAUACUGGGGACGCUUCCUUGCUUGACAGCGUUGUAUUUAUACUGGAAAUCAUUUCUCGGGGAGGAGAUGACGUGUCCAUCAAACAGUUUUCCUCGCCUCAAGAUGCUCUCUGUAUUUCAAUUACCAAAGUUGAGGGAGUUGAGAGUGGAGGCGGGAGCCAUGCCCCUUCUCUCUCAAUUAAGAAUCGCCUAUUGUGAAAGUCUGGAGAUGCUUCCAGAUGGAUUGAGUGGCAUUUCUACUCUUCGGGUACUGGAGAUUUAUGGAAUGCCGGAAUUGGGGAACAAGGUAUCGACAUCAGGAGAGGAUUUCCACAAAGUCAGCCAUGUCCCUUCAAUUAUCAUCCAAGAUGAUUUCUAGUCUAGUCUCCACCCGGGGUACUUUUCUUCGGCCGCCUUCGAGCUACAGUCUUGUUGUUCCAUGUCCCAAGUUUGCAGUCUUUUCUCUGCUUCUUAUCUCGCUAAUCACUUGUUUUUUUUUUUUUAAAUAAAUGUGUAUAUUUCUUUUCUUGUAUUAUUAAUCUGGUUGAUUCUGGACAAUUUAUUCUAGACUUGCUUAGUUCCAUAUGGAGUUGUUUUGGUAAGAUUUAUGAUCAGCCCCAUGAGCAUUUGUUUAUAAUUUCUGGAGAUUUAAGCUUUA